AUGGCUGUCAAAAAAGUGGGAACUGACUACAAAGAGAGCUUCAACACCAUUGGAAACAUUGAAGAGAUCGCGUACAAUGCUGUUUCCUUCACCUGGGAUGUGAAUGAAGAGGCAAAGCUUUUCAUCACAGUGAAUUGUUUGAGUACAGAUUUCUCCUCCCAGAAGGGCGUGAAAGGACUUCCUUUGAUGAUUCAGAUUGACACAUACAGUUACAAUAACCGCAGCAAUAAACCCGUCCACAGAGCGUACCACCAGAUCAAGGUCUUCUGUGACAAGGGAGCAGAAAGAAAAAUCCGAGAUGAAGAGAGAAAGCAGAAUAGGAAGAAAGGGAAGGCCUCUGACGGGAAGCUGGCUGCCAUACCUUUACAGAAGAAAAGUGACAUCACGUACUUCAAAACCAUGCCUGACCUGCACUCGCAGCCCGUGCUCUUCAUACCAGAUGUUCACUUUGCCAACCUGCAGAGGACUGGACAGGUGUAUUACAACACAGAUGACGAACGAGAAGGCAGCGUCCUUGUUAAACGGAUGUUCAGGCCCAUGGAAGAGGAGUUUGGUCCGACACCGUCUAAGCAGAUUAAAGAAGAAAACGUAAAGCCUUGGAGGAACGGUUAUGUGGCUCCCAACUCCUCCAGCAGGGAAAUACAUAGUUCAGAGGACAUUGGCUCUGUGAUGCUUUUGUACGUGCGGAAGGAGAGUGAUGACGUGUUCGACGCCCUGAUGCUGAGAUCGCCCACAGUGAAGGGCCUGAUGGAAGCGCUGUCUGAGAAGUAUGGGCUGCCAGUGGAGAAAAUCACAAAGCUUUAUAAGAAGAGCAAAAAGGGCAUCCUGGUGAACAUGGAUGACAACAUCAUUGAACACUAUUCAGAUGAGGACACCUUCAUCCUCAACAUGGAGAGCAUGGUGGAAGGCUUCAAGAUCACGCUUAUGGAGAUCUGAGCGCUGGGCCCAA